CACCAUCUCCGCCGCGAAAUCCACCGCCACCCUGUUCACCACCUGGACAAAGGAAGUUAGGCUAGAGAUGGACGUUUACGUCGAUGGCAACAAAAUACCUACGGUCAACCACCCCAAAAUCUUGGGAGUUACGUUCGACAGCCUAUUCUCCUUUUCUGCGCACGCCUCAGCCACUUGCGAAAAUAUGCGAGCUAGGAACAAAGUCCUCCAGUCACUAGCCGGCAGCACUUGCGGAGCCGACAAAGAAACUCUACUCACUACGUACAAAGCAAUCGGCCGGUCGGUGGCAAACUACGCACCGCCAGUGUGGACGGCGGGUACCAGCGAUACACAGUGGAGAAACCUACAAAAAUGCCAGAAUGCAGCUCUACGCACGGCUACAGGCUGCCAUCUCAUGUCGUCCGAGCAUCACCUCCACCAAGAAAGCCAGAUGCUAGCGUUGAAAGAGCACAACACGUUGCUAUCGAAGCAGUUCCUCGUGGGAUGUCACCGUGGAAAUCACCCCAAUAACGCCCUGCUUCGAACACAUGCCCUGCAUGCGGGCAAGGUCCACACAACACCCAACACCUCUUCGCAUGCGCCUCUAACCCCACGACCCUGACACCAGAAGCACUAUGGACCGCGCCUAUAGACGCUGCCCGCUUUCUCGGCCUCAGGCUUGUCGAGUCAGAGGACGAAGACGACCCUUGACGAAANUGAUGACCCUUGACGAAACCCCGGAGGGUCGAGUACUGCUGCUACAACAACAACAAGCUCUGAUACCUGGAUGACUUAUACUAUGCAAUUUGUCAAAUACUUCUCUCCGUAAGCUAUUUGGUAUGUAAGGCCUAGUAGUCCCAUUGUUUUCUUCACAAUAAAUGUUAAAAUUCAAAAAUGGUAUUUUAAUUUCUACUAUCUUAUAUAGUAGGG